UUCUGAAGCCCUCUUGCUUUUCACCAGGAAGUUUUGCAGGGCAUCUCCUGAGCGUAAGCCAUAGCCGUAGGGUGGCUUCUGGAGCCGCUCGUUUCCCCGCCCCAGCAAAGAAGCGGAGACUGACAGCGACGCGCAGUCAGAGCCGGAGAAAUGAGCCCGCGAGCCGGGCCGGCGCUUCUGCUCCUGACGCUUUUGCAGACCGCGGUCCCGCAGGGGCGCCUGCCGCGUUCACACUCUCUGCACUACCUCUUCAUGGGUGCCUCAGAGCAGGACCUUGGUCUUUCAUUGUUUGAAGCAUUGGGCUACGUGGAUGACCAGCUGUUCGUGUUCUAUGAUCAUGAGAGUCGCCGUGUGGAGCCCCGAACUCCAUGGGUUUCCAGUAGAACUUCAAGCCAGAUGUGGCUACAGCUGAGUCAAAGUCUGAAAGGGUGGGAUCACAUGUUCACUGUUGACUUCUGGACUAUUAUGGACAAUCACAACCACAGCAAGGAGUCCCACACCCUGCAGGUGAUCCUGGGCUGCGAAAUGAAAGAGGACAACAGCACCGAGGGCUUCUGGAAGUAUGGGUAUGAUGGGCAGGACCACCUUGAAUUCUGCUCUGACACGCUGGAUUGGAGAGCAGCAGAGCCCAGGGCCUGGCCCACCAAGCUGGAGUGGGAAGCGCACAAGAUUCGGGCCCGGCAGAACAGGGCCUACCUCGAGAGGGACUGCCCUGCACAGUUGCAGCAGUUGCUAGAACUGGGGAGAGGUGUUCUGGACCAGCAAGUGCCUCCUUUGGUGAAGGUGACACAUCACGUGACCUCUUCAGUGACCACUCUACGAUGUCGGGCCCUGAACUUCUACCCCCGGAACAUCACCAUGAAGUGGCUAAAGGAUAGGCAGCCACUGACUGCCGAGGAGGUUGAACCUAAAGACGUAUUGCCCAAUGGGGAUGGGACCUACCAGGGCUGGAUAGCCUUGGCUGUACCCGCUGGGGAAGAGCAGAGAUAUACAUGCCAGGUGGAGCACCCAGGCCUGGAUCAGCCCCUCCUUGCCAUCUGGGAGCCCUCACACUCUGGCACCCUCGUCAUGGGAGUCAUCAGUGGAAUUGCUGUUUGUGUCAUCAUCUUGUUGAUUGGAAUUUUGUUCAUAAUCUUAAGGAAGAGGCAGGCUUCAAGAGGAGCCAUGGGGCAAUACGUCUUAGCCGAAUGUGAGUGACAUGCAGCCUGUAGACUCACUGUGGGAAGGAGACAGAAUUAGAGACUCAAAAAGGAAGUGCACUUAUGGAGCUCUUCGUGUUUCAGGACAGAGCUGAACCUAAAAAUAGAAACUGCCUGAAGAACUCUUUGCUUUUAGCCUUCUCUGUUCAUUUCCUCCAAAAGAUUUCCCCAUUUAGGUUUUUGAGUUUCUGUAUGCCAGUGAUCCCUAGCUGUGACUUCCCCUCUGGAACUGCCUCUCAUGAACCUCAAGCUGCAUCUAGAGGCUUUCUUCAUUUUCUCCAUCACCUCAGGCACAUACACCUAUGUCAUCUCAUUUCCUAUUUUUGGAAGAGGGCUGCUUAAUUUUGGGGACUUACAUGAUUCAUUUUAACGUCUGAGAAAACCUUUGAACCCUGGCACAUAGAUGUCAUAAUCUUACCAGAUUUUUACAUAUGUAUCUAGGUAUUUUCUGGACCCGCUCGACUUUUCCUUUGAAUCUUCCCUCUGUGUUACCCAGCAACUCAUCUGUCACCAAGCUAUGGGGACUCUUCCAUCCGAUUGUGCUGUGGGUUGGACAGCUAUGAAGGCUGCACACUGCACAACUGGAAGAGGCACCUUUCCCAGAAAAAGCAUCAUGGAUGUCCGUGGGUAUUACCAUGGGUGUUUUUAGCAGGUAGGAGGCGAAUAUCUUUAAAGAGGUUGUGAAGAGGUGUCUUUUUCUAAUUUGCAUGAAGGUGUCCUACAGGUCUUCAGAGUGCAUUGGUGCCUGCAUUUGGGAUGCUACUCUAGUAUUCCAGACCUGAAGUAUCAAAAUAAUUUUCUACCUUG